UGUCACACAGGGAGUGGAUUACUUCCGUCCUCUUCAUGCUGCUGAUCUGAACCGCGUGUGGACCUUUUUUACGGGUUUAACACUAAAAUAAUCACCCAGAUUUCUAAUAGGAGAGGAUCUCAUCUCAUUGAUCUGCAGGUUCUGCGUGGGUUCUCUGCACUGUGUUUAGAACAUAUUAGCUUUAGCACUGCACACAGUUAUGACCUCAAGCAGUCGGAGGAACCCCCUGAGAGCCCGUCCGGGAGCCCUUUCAGAGAACAGCUCGAACUCUCGGUCAGACCCCACCCCCUCUGCAGCUGGGGCGGAUGAAGGGUCGGGGAUGCUGGGGUGGCUGAUGGAGCUGCCGGUGGCGCGGUUAUCCCGGCAGCAGCUGAAGCAUCUGGAGGAGCAUCGCUACAGCAGCAUGGGCCAGUCCCUGCUGGAGCCCUGCGUGCAGCCGUUCUGGUGCUGGCUGGUGGGUCAGGUUCCUCUGUGGAUGGCGCCGAACCUCAUCACCAUCGUGGGGCUCGCAGUCAACGCUAUCACCACCCUCAUCCUCGUCUACCACUGCCCCACAGCCACCGAGCAGGCACCCACAUGGGCGUAUCUGGCCUGUGCUUUGGGUCUGUUUAUUUACCAAUCACUGGAUGCCAUUGAUGGUAAGCAGGCCAGACGGACCAAUAGCAGCUCUCCACUCGGCGAACUCUUCGACCACGGCUGCGACUCCCUUUCCACUGUGUUUGUAGUUUUGGGGACGUGUAUAGCUGUACAGUUGGGGACGAAUCCGGACUGGAUGUUCUUCUGCUGUUUUGCUGGAAUCUUCAUGUUCUACUGCGCUCACUGGCAGACCUACGUCUCCGGAACUCUGCGCUUUGGAAUAAUCGAUGUGACUGAGGUGCAAAUCUUCAUUAUAAGCUUGUAUUUGCUGGGUGCCGUCGGAGGAACAGCUUUUUGGCAAUAUGUGAUUCCAGUUUUAAACAUCCAGAUUAAAAUCAUUCCUGCCAUCUUCACUCUGCUGGGGGCCAUUUUCUCCUGUACGAACUACUUCCGGGUCAUUUUCUCGGGCGGAAUGGGCAAAAACGGAUCCACUGUUGCGGGAACGAGUGUACUGUCCCCAGCCUUCCACAUCGGAGUGGUGACUGCUCUGGCUCUGCUGACCUAUAAGAUGUCGAGUGAGCAGCUGUUCCAGAAGCACCCCUGCCUCUACAUACUAGCUUUCGGCUUCGCAUCUGCUAAGAUUACCAACCGACUAGUGGUUGCUCAUAUGACUAAAUGUGAAAUGCAUCGUAAUGACUUGGCCUUUCUGAGUCCGCUGCUGCUGUUCCUGAAUCAGUAUUUCAGCUACUUCCGUGAACACAGCAUCCUCUGGGUGGCGCUGGUUUUGGCUGGUUUUGAUCUGGUCCGCUACUGCGUGAGUGUGUGUAACCAGAUCGCUGCCCACCUAAACAUCAGUGUGUUCAGCCUCCGCAAGCCGGAACCUUCUAAACAAGAAUACCACAACAACCACUAACAUAUAUACACAUAUACACACACACACACACACACCCCACACACACACUCCGUCCCUCUGCAGGUCAGUUCUUACAAAGAAUGUAACAAAUUCAGAAACUAAACACAGCCGGAUUUACACAGAGUUUUGGAAUAACAAUAAUUUAACAGGUUAAGGGGAAUUGCUACGAGUUUUUUUUUUACAUGCUGCGUUCGCUUUAUGUUUGGUUCACAGUGUGUUAUUUAAGUUAACAGUUUCUAGCCUGAACUUCUAGUUUGUGGCAUUUUUAUAACAGUUACACAGAGUCUGAGGGAGAGGUGAAGAAGUUACUGUAGGGAGAAACUGGAAGGAGAAGUUACUGUAAUGCUGCUAAAAACAGCAGUCACAAUACUCGAGUCAGCGAUACACAAAACCCAGCGGUUACAACUUUUUUUGUUUGUUUGUUCAUUUGUUUUUGUUUUUUUUUACAGGCUGCUUAUUAGGCAAGUCUGGGUGUUGAGAACCCCAGCUGGUAUUCCUGUGGAAACCCUUCACUAAACCAGUGAAGCUAAAGCUAAUUAGGGUCUCUGUGAACGUGGCGUUAGCCUGAGAAGAAAGCAGCAAAAUUUUACAGAGUGUGUUUAAACUACAGUAUAGUUAAUAAAAGGUAAAAAACAAAAAAGAGUUUCUAAAUUUCUCUUACACCAAAUGUAGUUGAUCAGCCAAUACAUGCAAUGCACUGGUGAGCUUCAGUGCUAAUGAAGCUAACUAGCAAUGGAAGCCAAUAAUCCACCAAUUAGCAAUGGAGCAUUGUUGCUAAUAAACAGUAAUUGACAAGUUAAUGGAGCCUAUAUUCCACUGGUUAGCAGUGGAAUUACAGCUAAAAAAGAAAUAGAAUAUUUUUCUGCAUUACAUUUACCUCAGAUUUACCUCAGAGUUUAGGGCAUUCUAUAUAAGUCAGCUAUCAUUGUUAACGUUGUCCCAGGUUAGCAUUGCUAGCGAGGGCAGUUGAUAACAACACAUUAUGGUGUCUUGUGCAUCCAAACAGCUAGGAAACAUAUCUACUGACAGAAAGUGGAGCAUACUGCGUGUAGAAAUGAUGUAAUCAGACAGUAAUAAAUAGAAGAUGAUAGAUGAUAAACCGUAAAAUAAUCCUGCUUUUACUACUGUUGCUGUGCGGGCCGCCAUCUUGAAUUUGGAACUGAGGGUUUGCAAGGCAAAACAGUUCCACACAGUUUGAGAAGAGUAUAUGAUGAUUUAGACAUCCAGUUGGUACCAUGCUAUUUGGUGGAUUAUAAACUUUCAGCAUUUGUUUUUUAUUCCAUUACAUGUUUUGACUGAUUAACUACAUUUUGUUUAACAUAGCAGAACAGGCUAAAUAAUGGUAGAUCUGAAAGUAUGUAGUGUUCUUUAAUAAAGCCCCUGGGAAUCUGAUUUUAUUUUUUCUAAUUUGGUUCAUUUGGCUUCUCUAUUCUUUUGUAUUUCUUAUAAAUGUCUUUCCAAACUCGCUAUCACUCUCCUCUGAAUGUUGAAUGGGUGGGUCUAAAAGUGGGUCAGGCUGACAUCAGCAGAACUAUGACCAAUCACAUGGCUAAUUUAGCUCCUCCCUAUCUUCGAGUCUAAGCAACUGGAAUUGGAGUGCUGGUGGGCUGCUACUUAGCAAACAUCUUAGCUGAGCUCUGCUAUCAAGCUAUCCAAAUAUUCACAUUAUUUUGUUGCAUAUCUUGUUUGCAAUGGCGCAGUUCAAAGGAAAGCGUUAAAAAGCACAGCCAGAGACUGGUACAGAUUCUGUCUCAAGGCAGUGUGAUUUGCCACAGUAAUGUAAACAAGCAUUUAUUUGCUUGCGUUAGAGGGCUGUCAGUCACGCAUGUUCAUUAGAAUAUUAUUGCCACACCCACAUCAUUCUCUGAGAGAGUGUUUAAAUAUAUUUCUUCUUUAUGUUUUAUAUUUAAACGUUGCUUUGCUUAAAUGCUCUGUUCCCCUGGCCUUUAAUAAUUAAAAGUAAACGUUUUUAAUAUUCAAUUAGUUUGACCAAGGGUUCACUAACUUUUGCAUACAUCCAUAUACAAGGGCCAGAGUUCUUUCACUGUACUAAAUGUAGUAAAGGGAAGCAGGAGACUGUACUGCGAGAUGGCUGUACCAUAACUGUGUACCAUAACUGUUCAUAAUAAUCAGAUCAGAAUAAUCAGAUCUCUAAAUCACGUCACUAACGGUUCCAGCAUGAUUCAGUCUGUGCUGCAGUUCUACAGUUAUGCCAAAUACCAUACUCACGCUGUAAUAUAAAGUAAAUAUUUAAAAUAGUACUGUUGUAAUCAUUAAUCAAAGUCUUCAGAUCAGUGUUUACACUCCUGAGUUAAUGUGAUAAUCUGAUCAUUUGUGUGCCUUUAUUUUUCACAUUAUUUUUUAUUGUGUACAGCUUACAGAUUUACUCUAUGCACAUAAAAGGUAGACUUUACAUUCUUUAUUUAUGAUUUUCAAACUCAAAUCAUUGCAGAUUUUCAGAAAAUCCAUAAUUUAAUUUGUGCAUCCUUUAAAAGAUAGAAUAUAGAAGGAGAAACUGGAGUUAAUAUAAUAAAUAUCUAAAGAUAUAUAGUUUAAAUAGAUAAACAAGUAAUAGUUUUCCGUUAAAGCUUAACUGUUAUAGUAAGACCUUGUAGCUCCUAUUAUUUUUUUUUUUUUUUUCAAAACUUCAUUUUAAAUCUGGCCACUCUAUUAUAUGUUGUUAAUUUUUUAAAGAUGAGGACCUUUUUUACCUUUUUGAAGUUUUUUUUUAUUUUUUUUUUCUUUUCGUCAGUCCAGGUUUUAUUUUGGAGAUAUGAGGUUUAGCCGUGGCAGUGCUGCUGUGCAAAAUGAAGUCGUUAGGUAAGAAAAGUUACAUUUAAGAAUAAUGAAGGCUAAUAGCGUUCAGAGAGCUAAUCGAUUGCCUUUUAUUAUUCAUAGCGAGGUCAAAGCAACUAUGCAGUCACUUCCCUUUGUGAUGUCAUGACAGACCGUUUACUGUAACCAUCAUCCACGUUAGCAGCUAACUGCACCAGCUAAAGACAACCCCCCCCCCCUUCCCCACACCCCACUUUCACGCCAUAUUUAUUUAGUUACUUUUAAACUGGAGCUAUGAAGCUAAAGUAGCUAAACAUAAUGGAAGACUAGUAGCAUGCUUAAAUCUUACACUUUUGUGUGAAAUUUGUAAAAAAUAAAAAUCUAGACCAAGUUGUGUGUAUAAAUCAGGCUUUGAUCUGGCUGCUACUGUUAUAUUAGCUAUGUUAGUUAACAUGCUUCAAUCCAUGUUCAUGUUCAUACAGUGUUAUAUACCACAUAAUCCACUAUUGGAGAUUAGUAUAGAGAUGUGUUGAGAAGAGGUUAUGAUGGUUUAGACCAAAGUCUUUAUAGGCAGUUUUUGGCAAGGCUGUCUUUUUGGCAAUGCCACCAGGCAGUUAAAUCAAUUCAAGUCAAUUAAAUCAAGUCCAGCUUCCUAUGUGUUUAAAUAAGGACACAAAAAUACUGGUUGCAAUUUCUUAAACAUAUUUAAAAUCGUUGAUACAUUUUGAUAAAACCUCAUGAACGGUUUGUAGCAUUUGACUCUAUAAUUAUAUAUAAAAAAAAAAAAAAAUUCGCCUGCUCUGACUACUGCGCUUUCGCAGAUCUCCAUAUUUUUAGAGGGGGUUGCUGUACAACCAGCAGACUAACCCUCCUUCACUCCUUCACAGCAUAAGCAGCAAUUAGCUAUUUUUGUUAAAGGUUGGGACUUUAGCAUUGAACCAGUGGUUGGUGUUUAGACAUAGCUUCAUUAAUUGGUUAAUGAUAAAAAAAUAAAAUAUCUUCAAUUAUUUUCUUAGCAACAUUAGCCUCAUGUCAUGAUUGAUUGACUGCAUUUGAGGUAAUGCAGAAAACUGUGUAUUUUUUUUUAUUAUUAUUAUUUUAUUUUAUUUAUUUAUUUUGAGAAAAGUUAUCACAUUACAGUCCUAAAAGAUACAUACUUAAUGCUGCUUGUAGCUAUGUUUCAUCCACCUCAGCAGGGUCCAGGUUUAUUAUUUUCCAGCUUCUAAUUCAUGUUGUUAGCUCAUUGUCAAAGUCUUUGUAAGUUAAGUCAAUAGUUUGGGGGUUGUAGCCCUAAACCCAAAUGUAGUCAAUCAGCCAAUACAUUGAUGCACACUAGAGCUAUGAGGCUAAUGUAGCUAGAAAGCAAAGAAACCAUUUAACUUAUAUUUAGCACAAGGGACACAAGGCCAAUGCAUCUAUCAAGCACUGGAAUGCUAACAAGUAGCUAACAAGUGUUUUAGAGUCUAUUCCAACCAGUUAGCACUGAGGCAACAAAGCUAAUGUAGCUAAUAAUGCUUAAAACCUAUACCAUCUAUUUAGCACUUGGGCUACGAGAAAGAAAGAUACAAUACUUUUAUCGUAUUAAUGACUCAGCUGCACAUUGCUCUCACGAGUCUACAGUUUUCUGGUAAAGCCGGAAAUCUAAAUACUUUUUUGCCCAUUUUACAAGACUUUAGGACCUCCAAGUAUCUGCUGUGACCCAAAUCUCUCUUCUCCAAAUACUGUUUUCAGUACCAUAUUUUACGCACUAUAAGUCAGGUAUUAAAGCCACUCCACUAAAGUACAGUGUUAUAUAAGAGUUUAAGUUUAGUUCUUCAUCAUUAAUGCUGGACUAGCAUUAGCAUUAGACACUUACCGCUGUAGGCUGCUGCUGCUAACCUCGGUUAGCACUGAUGGAGCAGAAUUAGCAUUAGCAGCUAACCGCGCUGAGCGCUAGCUCUUUAACCGUUCAGAUGUGAGUAUUAUCGGCAUGCAGCCUGCUGCUGCUAAUCCCAACUAGCACUGCUGGAGUGGCAUUAGAUUUAGCAGCUAACCACGCUAGCUCUUUUGUCGUUCAGAGGGAAGUAUAGCGGACUGUGUUUACAGUGUUAAAACAAGCUACGUAGGACAAACCGCUAAAAGCUAAUAUUUGGCCCUGGCUUACCGGAGCACUUAGUGUAGCGCUGUCGAGUGGCAGUAGCUGCUACUCGCUAGCAGUUAGCUGCUAAAGCUAGUGCUCCGGCAUUAGUGCUGGAAAAAUUCGGGAAUCCUAACUUAAUGUAAAUAAACUUAAGCACAUUACUCACCCAAAUAAACAGUUUUCAGAAGAGACAUAAGUGUAAAUUAACAUCCAGCGCUCGUUUUACUUUAAAAUAAAGUCUUUUUAUUACAGUUUUGUUAACUUAGCUUAGCUUAGCUUAGCUUUACUUAACUUAGUUAGCUACCCCCCACCACCCAGCUGUGAGACCUGCUGAAUUAGAAGUUUCUCAAAGUGUCUCUUAAAAUGCGGCAUAUAAUCCAGUGCACCUUAUGUAUGAAAAUAGACCAAAAAUAGAUACUUUAUUGAUUGUGCGCUUAUUUAAUCUCUAACAGAUUCAAUUAUAUGUAUUAUCUGUAGCUACAACAUACGCUAAAGUAUGCUAGCAUGGCUAAUUACAGCAGCAGCCACAAACCUGAAGCCUGGAUUUGUUCUUUUUCAGCUUGUUUUAUGUAUGAUUACCUAACUAAUCUAGAUUUGUUGAUGGUUUUUAAUGAGUUUAAUGAGGUUUACUAAUGUAGCACUGUGCUGAUUAACUAACUUAAUGCUAUUAGCUUUAGUUGUUUAGCCUCGUAGCUCCUGUACAAUGCUAAAAACAAACACCAGACAUGGCAUACUGAACUACAUAUUUUUAUUAUUAUUUACUCUUAGCUUUAUUGUUAUUUAACGUUAGCUUUUAAAGUUAAACUGAGCUGCUCAGUGCAGGAUGGAGAAAGUUGGUGUGAUUUCAGCUGCCCAGUGCUUCCAGUUUUGGUGAAUUUAACGGCUGAAGUUUAACACCUCGUCCGCAAAACUCCUUUUUAUUUUACUUCCUACCUCUCAACACGUGGUCAGUGUGUGUCAUUUCCUCACCAGAGUCUGUGGGGAGAUGUUAGCAAGGCGUCCAGUUGUUUAAGGUGUUCUGAUGGAGAUUUUUUAAUAUUGUUGGUAUUAGUGCCUUUCCUCACAUUCCUUAUCACAGUCCGUUUUGUUUGUGUGCAUCUAUGAAUGUUACUAUGUGUUACUGGCAUUGUGUAAUGAACAGCAUUUUGGUUUUCAUUUUUAACAGAAAUGCAAACAGAAUAACAUAUAUGAUAUGUGUGUUUAUGUCUGGGUUUAAGAAAGGUAUUUUAUUAUUUAAUUUUUUUUUUUUUCAUUUCUCCAUUCCAGUGUUCCCUCUUUUCUAACCUCAAAUGUAUAAAACUUUGGGCAUUUUUUCCGUUAUAAUCCUUACUUACUGAUAUAAGUUUGCUUAUUGCAGAUUUCUGAUAGUCAUUUAGAAGGGGUGUAAUGGUACACAAAAUGUAUUAUUAUUAUUAUUAUUAUUAUUAUUUUUAUUUUUAUUUUUUUUCAGUUUUGGAUUGCAUGAUUUGGUACGAAUAUGGAAUAAAAGGGCCAGAAAAAAAAACAAAAAAAUAACUUAAGACCAAUGCUGCCUUCAAGUCCACCUCAGAAGUUCGUACCUACAACUUUGGAGCACUUAAAAUAUGAAAAGAUUCUGAUCAAGUGUUUUUUUUAAUUUUCCUUACUGUUUUUCUGUUGCGAACAGCGAUCAAAUACAUUUAUAUUUACUAAAAACAAAACAGACUAACAAAAAACAAAGCAUGAGCAUUGGGUGAGCAAUAUUAUUAUCCAGUAGUAUAAUUUGUGUGUACUUGUUUUGUAUGUAUGGAUGAAAGUAAACCAUAAAAAAUAGACUGCAGUGUUUGCAGUAUUGAUAAAUAUCGACAAAUAACCAAUUUUAGCAUAACUUGGAUAUUUUUGGCAUGGUUUGAAGGUUAAUUUACAUUAAAUUACAUUAUUAAAAUGUUCUGCCUGACUGAACGUGACAUUACCGUGUUUGCCCUAAUAGUGUGUACCAUGUAUUCUUUAUGCAGUUGUGUGCACAGAACCACCCCGUUUCAAUCUGGUUCGGUACAAAUACACAUACCGUUACACCCCUUAAGUUAUGCUUCUGUUUUUGCUCAUUUAAAAUAAAAAAAAAUAUGAAAGCUGUAACUGUAUAAAAAUAUUGAUUAUAAAGAAUUAUUAAAGCUUGUCAAAUGUACCAUAAUAUUAAUCAUUAUUUACCUAAAAUACAUACAGGAUUUAAAACAGUUGAUGUGAAAACUUAAAAUUCAAUAACAUUUAAUGAACCUCCUGCUUAAGAUUUUACUGGGUAAAUUAUGGAUCGGAAUAUAUAUCUAUUUUUAGUGGGCCAUAUACAUCAGAUUACGCAUAGGAGAACUACUUAAUGCUAAAAACCAUUUAUGCCUUUAGGUGUUUUUUCUGAUUUGUCUGAAAGUAAAAAAAAUAAGAUAUAUUUUCCAAACAUUGCCUUUAUCUCAAAUAAUAUUAAUGUAAACAAUAUUUGGUUUAAUUAUUUAGUCAUAAUAAUAUAAGCGUUUAGUAUAAUUGUGCCCCUUACACACUAGACAUAAAUUCAUAUUUGUUUCAUUUAUAUUUAUUUUAAAUAUACAUUUUUAUUUAAUUUUUAUUUUAUUUGUCCCUUGCAGUCUUGGCACUAGAGCUGAGCAAUAUGGUAAAAUAUUAUAUCACAAUAUGUAAAGACAUUUUUUACUCUACACAGUAUUUAAUUUGAAAUGUAUCAUAUUUACUAAAAGCUACUGUCCCAUAUGGCACAGUGAAUACAUCCAGUUAAACAGAACUAAUUACACUGUAAUAAAAUGUUCUUUAAGCAUAAUGAUUCAUUAUGUUCAUAGAAGUGUAAUGUGUUUCACAAUAACAACAUACUGAUACUAAUUUUUUAAAUAAUAUAUCAAAUCAUUAUUAUUUCUCUCUUUAAACACGGUCAGUUUGUCACUUUUGCAUUUACAUGUUUAUUAUGUUGAAUUUCAUGAUAAGAUCAAAUAUAUUUUUCCUGUUUUAUUCUUAAAUUUUAAAUUGGGUCAGUUUGAUCUGCAACAAAACAGAAGGGUUAAAUUGGGGGAACUGGAUGAAUUGCUUACAUUCUCUAUUUUAUUAUUUUUUAUUUUUAUAUUUAUGCAAAUACUGUCACCUCCUCAAGCCCCGCCUCCUGUCACUCACUUUUAUUUACAUGUGCUUAUUUAUUUCCCCUCUGACUGUAAACACAGACUGCUGGUGUGUGUGUGUGUGUUCUGAUGUAUGGUCCAGUUUAAACCAGUUCAUUCACAUCCACAGGCAGUUAACCCAACCAAAGUCCUCACACACCUUCGUUUAGCGAGUGUGUUAGCGAGUGUGUGUUUGCCACAGUAAAGCCACAAUAAGUAUUUUAUUUGUUCAUUUUGCCAUUUCUGUUGUACAUCUGAAUAUCAUGUGACUGUGAUUUGUGUUAUGUUUGAUUUCCUGUAAAGAAUUUAAUUUUCUAAUAGACUAGCAAAUGAAAAAAUAAAGACUGUUAUAUUUCUGGUAACGGG